CCCGUCCUGCCCGUCCUGCCCGUCCUGCCUGUCCUGCCACCAACCUCCUGCCCGUCCCGCCACCCUGCCCAUCUCCCAGCCCUCCCGCCACCUCCUCCCCACCUUCUCGCCCAUCUCCCAACCCUCUCGCCACCUCCUCCCCACCUUCUCGCCCACCUUCCAGCCCUCCUGCCCGCUCUCCUGCCCGCUCUCCUGCCCGCUCUCCUGCCCGCUCGCCAUGUCCGUCACCAUCACCAGGAAGACCGUGAGGAGCAGCUCGGCCGUACCCGGCCGGUCCUUCAGCUCCCAAUCCUACACCGCCGGCCCCGGUGUGAGGAUGAGUACGGCUUCAGCCUUCGGUGGCUUUGGUGGGAGCCGCUACGGAGCCGGGCUGUACCGGGCUCCGGCCGUCGUGCCCGGGGUCGGAGGUGGCAUCACGGCCGUCAGUGUCAACCAGAGCCUCCUGACGCCCCUCAACCUGGAGAUUGACCCCAGCAUCCAGCGGGUGCGCAAGGAGGAGAAGGAGCAGAUCAAGACGCUCAACAACAAGUUCGCCUCCUUCAUCGACAAGGUCCGGUUCCUGGAGCAGCAGAACAAGAUGCUGGAGACCAAGUGGAGCCUCCUGCAGAGCCAGAAGACCACCCGCAGCAACAUGAGCGGGCUCUUCGAGGCGUACGUCGCCAGCCUGCGCCGCCAGCUCGAGGGCCUGGGCCAGGAGCGCCUGCGGCUGGAAGCCGAGCUGGGCAACAUGCAGGGGCUGGUGGAGGAGUUCAAGAACAAGUACGAAGAAGAGAUCAACCACCGCACCGAGAAGGAAAAUGAGUUCGUCCUGCUCAAAAAGGACGUGGACGAAGCCUACAUGAACAAGGUGGAGCUGGAGUCGCGGCUGGAGAGCCUGACCGACGAAAUCAAUUUCCUGAGGCAGCUUUAUGACGAGGAGCUCCGGGAGCUGCAGUCCCAGAUCUCCGACACCUCCGUCGUCCUCUCCAUGGACAACAACCGCAGCCUGGACCUGGACGGGAUCAUCGCCGAGGUGAAGGCGCAGUACGAGGACAUCGCCAACCGCAGCCGCGCCGAGGCCGAGAGCAUGUACCAGAUCAAGUACGAGGAGUUGAAGACGACGGCCGGGAAGCACGGGGACGACCUGCGCAACACCCGCGGCGAGAUCACCGAGCUCAACAGGCUGAUCCAGAGGAUCCAGGCGGAGAUCGAGGCGCUCAAGAACCAGCGAGCCAGCCUGGAGACGGCCAUCGCGGAGGCGGAGGAGCGCGGGGAGCUGGCGCUGAAGGACGCCAAGGGGAAGCUGGCGGAGCUGGAGGCCGCCCUGCAGAAGGCGAAGCAGGACAUGGCCCGGCAGCUCCGCGAGUACCAGGAGCUCAUGAACGUCAAGCUGGCCCUGGACAUUGAGAUCGCGACCUACAGGAAGCUGCUGGAGGGAGAGGAGAGCAGGCUGGAGUCGGGCAUGCAAAACCUGAGCAUCCACACCAAGACGACGGGGUACUCGGCGGCCGGCUUCGGGGGGGGCUUCAGCGGGGGCUUCGGGGGGGGCUUUGGCACCUCCUUCGCCAGCUCCGGCUACGCCGUGCCCCCCCCCGCCCUGGAGAGCUCGUCUGUCCCCAAGUCCCGCGCCAUCGUCAUCAAGAAGAUCGAGACCCGCGACGGCAAGCUGGUGUCCGAGUCCUCCGACGUCCUGGCCAGCUGAGCCCCCCCUCCCCGGGGGGGUCCCUCUGCAGGAGCAGACGGACGGGACCCCCCGCGCCCCCUCCCCCCCCAGGCUAACCUGAGCCAGUGCCCCCCCGAGGGCUCCCCCCUCCCCCCAUGGUCCCCAACCCCCCUCAUCCGUCCUGGCCCCCCCCCACGUCCCCAUCGGAGCUGUGGGGUGGGAAAUGGGGGGGGGACGCCCCCAGUUUUUGCCCCGCGGGGGGGUCCCGCCGGCUUCGCUGCUGGAAUAAAGCCUUCGAAACGCG